CGAAAAGGCGCCGCACUAUAAAUGACCCCACUCUCUGAGCUCUUCGAGUACCUUCUCCUCUCUCUCUCUCUCUCUCUCUCUCUCUCUCGCCCCUUCUCCCCCACUAGAUCUCUCCCUCUCUCCCCACAGCUCGUCCAUGGCGACAGGUAACCUAGGGUGCGUGGUGGUGGCCGUCGACAGUAGCGAGGAGAGCAUGAAGGCCCUCCGCUGGGCCCUCGACAACCUCCGCCCCGCCGGAGUCGCCGCCGCGGAUCCCGGCGUCCUGAUCAUCCUCCACGUCCAACCCGCUCCGUCCAUCGCCACGAGCCUCAACCCGGGCUCCAUCCCCUUCGGCGGUCGAAGCGAUGUGGAUGUGCCGGCGUUCUCGGCCGCGAUCGAGGCGCAUCAGCGGCGGAUCACGGACGCGAUCCUUAAGCACGCCCUGGAUAUAUGCGCCGAUAGAAACGUGAAUGUGAGAACCGAAGUGGUGGUGGGCGAUCCGAAGGUGAAGAUCUGCGAGGCCACCGUAAACUUGCACGCCGACUUACUGGUGAUGGGGUGUCGUUCGAUGGGACCGAUCAAGAGGAUGUUCUUAGGAAGUGUGAGCAACUACUGCAUCAACCAUGUAAGCUGCCCAGUUCUCGUGAUAAGGGGAACAUGAGCUCCUUUUCUACCGUGUUUGCUGUUGUUGUUCUAGCUUUCGAACUAAGAGUGCAUCUACCAUUGACUGCCAUUGAAGUUCUUGUAUAUAGUCCAUGGUUUUCCCUGCAGUUACCUUCAUUUCGCUGUAUAGAAAUUGCUAUAGCUCCUAGAUUUGAGUUGUAUUGCAAAGUUGUAGAGGUUUUGAAGAGAGUUGGGACCGAGAACUAUUUUCUUUUUCACUCUGCAUAGCGUGUUGUCCGUUUGUAUAUCGGCGCAAAGAUUUGAGCUGUUUAAUUGCUUUAUAGCCUAAAGUUUUUGCUGUUUGCUUCAACAAAUAUGUUGUUUUAUAAGAAUUAACGAUUGAAUAGAAACUCGGAUAUGUUAUUAUAA